ACGUUUCACAGCUCGCUCUGCCCCGCCCACCCUGAAACACACACACACACACACCGCAGCAGGUUCCUCCAGCACACAGACGUCUCUGCGCUGUUCUGCAGGAAACGGAACCCACCGGAACCGGACUGAGACCGAGCCGCAGCAACCCGGCAGGUGUGUCCGCUGUGCGUCUGCGCGGAGGUUCCGGUUCUGCUGACGGGAUCCAGAGCGGGUGGAUGCUCAGAGGUUGAUGAGGAUGAUGAUGAUGAUGAUGACAUCCUCCCCCUCAGAGAAGAUGAAGAAGAAACCUCCAAAGGACAGUCUGACUCUGCUGCCAUGUUUCUACUUCGUAGAGCUGCCCAUUGUGGCUUCUUCUAUGGUGUCACUGUACUUCCUGGAGCUGACCGAUGUGGUGAAGCCGGCUCAAGUGGGUUUCCGGUGCCACGACAGAGAUUUGAGCAUGCCGUACGUGGAUGGAGGAGAUGAGCUGAUCCCACUGUUGAUGCUUCUAAGCCUCGCCUUCGCUGGACCCGCUGCUUCGAUUAUGCUGGUGGAAGGAGCAAUCUACUGCCUGCAGUCCCGUCUGAAACUCCGCCGAGCUGAGGGAAGCAUCAAUGCCGGCGGCUGCAGUUUCAACUCCUUCCUGAGGAGGACGGUCCGUUUCGUAGGUGUGCACGUGUUCGGCCUGUGUGCGACCGCGCUGCUCACUGACAUCAUCCAGCUGUCCACGGGUUACCACGCACCAUUCUUCCUCACUGUCUGCAAACCUAACUACACUCUGGCGGGUGUGUCAUGUGACAAGAAUGCCUACAUCACCACAGACAUCUGCUCUGGGCAGGAUGAGCACGCCAUCAUGGCUGCGAGAAAGACGUUUCCUUCCCAGCAUGCAACUCUGUCAGCGUUUGCUGCUGUUUAUGUUUCUAUGUACUUUAAUUCGACCAUCUCAGACAGCACCAAGCUGCUCAAACCCGUGCUGGUGUUUGCAUUUGCCAUUGCCGCGGCGCUGACUGGCCUGACUCAGAUCACACAGCAUCGUAGCCACCCCAUCGACGUCUAUGUGGGCUUCCUCAUCGGAGCCUUCAUCGCCGCCUACCUGGCCCUUCACGCUGUCGCCAACUUCAAAUCAUCUGAUGACAUCACUCCACCCCCACCUCCUCCACCCCUAAAGGCGGACCCUCUCCGAGCACUGACUGAGCGGGGACACGAGUCGGUCUAUAACAAAGGCCCUGCCUCUGCCUCAGAGAGUAACGAUGAGAUAGCGGCAGCUCCGGCUCCCAUGGACCGGCUGGAUGGCCUGGGGCCCCUGCAGAGGGAGAAGGGCUCCAUGGGAAGUCUGAAGAGGGCCAGUGUGGAUGUAGAGCUGCUGGCUCCCCGAAGCCCCAUGGGAAAGGAGACCAUGGUGACCUUCAGCAACACGCUGCCAAGAGCUAGCAUGAAUGUAAAUGGUGUACUGGGGGCCAACGAUGCCUCUGAGGAGCUGGUGCAGCCGGUCCAGCCAGUGCAGCGCCGUCUGAAGGCUGUUCAGGUGCCCAUGGACCCUAUGCGGUCACAGCAGCUGGUGUCGGAGUGGAAGCAGAAGUCGAUGGAGAUGCGAGGUAUGGGUGUUCGGGACGAGGCAGAGCACGAAGCCAGUGAGGACGGCUCUGAGGUAGGCUCUGUGGGGACUGACGAUGGCGGUUCUCAAGCCCCGAUCUACCAGCCUGCAGUGCAUGCCGGGAGGGCAAACGCAAGUCGCAACCCCACUCCACCUCCAGGGGGGGCCAAAGCUGUGGCAACACCCAGACCCCCACAGAUCCCAGAAGCAGGACCCCCACCGGUUUCUCCAAAAAGCGCCCUAACCCGAGCCAAGUGGCUCGCCAUCCGGGAGAAGACAACCGGGGAGGGGUCCGGGCGUGGUGCUGCCAACCAGCCACGACUCAUGCAAGUCAUUGCCAUGUCCAAGCAGCAGGGCCUCCUGCCAUCCUUGUCCUCUGGGGAGAAGUCCUCUGAAACCACAUCCACCUGCUCUGCCAUCUCCUCCGCUGCCGACUCGCCACACUACCGCCACCCAUUUGAGCAACCACGGGACGGGCCAGGUAUCAUCACAGUGGAUGCCCAUGCACCCCACUAUCCUGUUGUCCAAGUCCCGCUUCCUCCCCAGGCCCAGCCCCCAUCAGGUAAUGGUAACCCAUGGGAGUGGGUGGGGGCAUCCAAUGGGGGAGACCCACGAGAAACCUACAACCUCUCUAACCUGAAUCGAGGAGAUUCGGCCAGCCGCAGCAGCAGCAGCUUCCACCCACGCCGCUCUGCCUCACCAUGCGCCACUGUCGACCCUACCAUAUCCUCAAGCCCACCUCACCAGCAGGUAGAGAUGUCAUCAGAUGCUCAGCGCAGGGAGAUGGCCAUGAGGCGCAAGACAGCACUGGUUCUGUUGGAUCGAGAGAUCCGUAACCAGACUGAGCAGGAGAACUAUUAUAAGAGUCUGCAGGGACGGAGGUUCAAAGAUUAGUCUGUUACCUUUCAAAAUAAAAGCCUUACUCUGAAACUGGUCACUAACAGCACAAAACCUGGUUGGCAACAAGGAGCGUGAUGCUAUGCAAGCAAAAAGCUGUGAGAAGAGGUUUCCACCCAGGAGAUGAUGAGCUCAAGGUUUAGGAGCUCAACACUUGGACAGUUUCUCUCCACAAAAAGACAUCUUACCUCUCAGAGAGUCUAGGAGGACAUCAACGUUAUUGCAACUAUUUAUUUUUCCAAGUGAACCCACCACAGAGCACCAUAUUAUUAUUAUUAUUAUUAUUAUUAUUAUUAUUAUUAUUCUUGAGAUAAGUUGCUAUCCAAAGAAAUCAUCCCAAGAAGGAUGGAUUCAGUGGUUAUAAACAGAGACAGAGGUGUUGUUCACAUUUAUCAGAUGAUCUCACUGUUUUUGGUCAGUGAUGGUGCUGAGGUACCUCUGCUCUUCCACCCAUUCAGUUUCCUGUUCAGUGACUUUAACUUUAGAAAGGAUUCAGGCUGUGGCUAAAGGACAGUAUUAAUCCUGAAGGAAUCCAAUCACAAACUUCUUUAGACUGACACAGACUGACCUAAUUGUUCUGUGAUCCAGAAAGGAACACCUCCAUCUGUGCCGAAGAGAUGCUGUCCACUGUGUUGAGCCUCUAAGAAGAAAGGAACUCAUUCAAUAAACAGCUCAAAGUCAAAGCACAGAGACAAACUCAAACAGUAAAUUUUUGAAACACCCGAACAAACCCUAACCCUGCAGCAAACAAAAUCCCUGCAACAAACAAGAACCCUAUGACAAACAAGAACCCUCCAACAAACCUGCGACAAACAAAGAACCCUGUGACAGACAAGGACCCUGUCACAAACAAGAACCCUCCAACAAACAAGAACCCUGUGACAAACAAAGGACCCUGCGACAAACAAGAACCCUUUGAUAAACCUGAACCUGCUGACAAACCCUAACCCUCCAUCAAACAAGAACCCAGCAACAAACCCUAACCCUCUGACAAACAAAAAUCUUCCAAUAAACAAGAACUCUCCAACAAACCCUAACCUUCCAACAAACCGUAGCCCUGCGACAAACCAUAACCCUGCGACAAAUAAGAACCCAGCAGCAAAACCCAACCCCUCCAGUUAUGGAUUCUGUGAUGGCGGCCAUGUUGGCAGUAGGGCUGCCACAAACGAUUAUUUUGAUAGUCGACUAGUCACCGAUUAUUUUUGCGAUUAGUCGACUAAUCAGGUCAUGCAUCCAUUGGACGUAAAACGUACAGCUUAUUGCACCAGCAUGCAUCUGCUCUUAUAUAACUAUCAUUAGCUUACAGCUUUAAGUGUUUAAAGUAUGUGCUAACUAAAAAUAAAGACAAGAUGAUAGUUUAUUAAAUUUUAAUGAAAUUUGCAGAUUGUUUCCGUGGAGUUUAAUAAACUCAGCCGUCUGCUCCUUGCUAUCUAAAAUAUAACAGGACACCGGAGUAAAUUCUCGAGCAUCUCACACUUCUGAUAAUCAGUUGUCUGCUUGACGUUUAUUCAGCUGUGUAAAAACUAUAACUUUAAUCUCAGCCAAACCGGUUUACUCAGGAACAAAUAAAAUACUAAAAAAAAGCCAAACAAUAAUAUUUUUAAGUUAUCUAAGUGACUUAUAUAUGUUUAAACUGAGUAGCGAAAGACGGCGGUGGGUUUGAAAACGAUUUGCCGGGAGUCCGGUGUUCUCAGCGGCUCUAGUGAGCCUUUCCCCCGGCUCUAGCUAUCGAGCUAGUGGGUAACAGACGUGUCCGAAAACGUCGGAGCGCUUUUGAAAAUAUGUGGUGUCUUGAUAAACUGAGCAGAUAUUUGAGGUUUACACAGUUACAUUCUCGCCUGAAAAUAUAUUAAACGUUUAUUUUGUGACCCAGAAAGAAUAAUAAGAGUAAUAUUAAAACUAACUAGCUGCCGCCAUUGUUGGAAACUGAGCUGGGCUAUGAAUUCUGGGACAGAGCUACUUCUUCUUCUUCUUCUUCGGGGUUUAACGGCAGCUGGCAUCCUUGUACAUGCAGUGCUGCCAUCUUCUGUUUCAGUCCGUUAUUACACUCUUAAAUCCUACUACUUAUUCCUGCGUCUUUUGUGGUCUUACAAAGCUUCAAACGACGCGUCGACUAUUAAAUCAGUCGUCGACGAUUUUGAUAGUCGACGUAAUCGUGACUAGUCGACUAAUCGUGGCAGCCCUAGUUGGCAGUCGAACUCAGAUUGUAUAUUUCUUGCCUCUCUGAUGUGAUGGUUCGGUUGCUAUAGUGAUUCUCAGCAUGUUUGUUUGUUUGUGUGUGCUGCUGUUUGAUUGGUGGAGGUUGUGAGCGUUUUGUUUUUGUGUGUGAAUGAUAGUACUUAUUACUAAUGGACCGACAUGAGAUUAAAUCUCGUCACAGACGUUUAGGUUUAAAAAGAAACUAGGUGAUUUUGUUUCAGAGCUUUAUAAGUGCGAAAGACGGCUGAAAGUUUACGUGCGUGAAUAUUAAUCAAGUGUUUCUUCAAAUAAUCGGAAUGGAAAAUGGUGUUAAAGCCAUGGUUUCACAGUAAAGCUAUUUAUUUCUGUCUACAGAAAGUUUAUGUUUCAGUUAAACAAGAUUACUCAUUUGAUUGAUUAUGCAUGUCCUGAUUGUCCACAGAGAUCAUCAUCUCUAUGAAACAUCUGAAACACCAAUGAUAAUUAACAUAGCGUUGCUAAAAAGUUUUUUUAGCCCAGCGAUAGUGAUUCAGAGCAACAUUAUGGACAACUUGUGGUGUUUUGACCAGCUAAAAUGACAUAUAUAACCGUAAAGUUAAUACCAGAUCGACGUUUCUAUUUUCUUGGAUAAACCUGCAUAUUCUGCCAUCCAAGUAUUCAUCUUCUUAGCUUUUUAUCCAGCUUAGGGUCACCUUGUGAUUCAGGUUGGUUUAACUCUGUGAGGUCAUCGUCUGUUAUGACCCCAACCCCCUAACCAUUUGUUUUAAGCCUCGUCCACAGAUGAAAUGAUUCAAUCUGUAGCAGAUAGUUAAUCUCUAAAAAGACUUUUCAGUCUGUAUGAGGUAGAAAGACUUUUGUUGUUCCCUGAUUGCUGAGAUUUAAGAGAACAAUUUUUAAAAUAUUACAUAUUCUGACAGGACAGGAUUAGGGUCAUCGUGAUCAUUUUUUUGCUGUUAAAAUCCACUGUCUGUAGCAGACAUGGACGAAUCAAGAAAUACCUUAAAGAGAACAUGAAGCGUUACACAUAUAUAGGCUAAUUCCCAUCACGGAGACCUGCUCUCAAAAACUGACAUAGAUGUGACUCUGUCUGUAAAGCUGGAUUUAAGAAAUAAGUGAUGAAAUAUAACGUUUUAAAAAUAUGUUUAGCACCAUCUUCUGUCAGUACGGAACAUGACAUCAUGUGGUUGGUUGGUUUCAGGUAAUAGACAUUAGGUUAGGUUAGGACAGAACUGAUAACUCAGAGGAAAAUAAGGAACCUAAAACUAAAAACUAAUUGUUGUGUUACAAUGAGUUUAUGUUAAACUGAGGAUAUAUUGUCCACUUUCACUGUCUGUCUCUUUAGCAGUAAGUGGCUGUACGUUGUUUGGCUAGCUGCACUCAAAUGGAAAAAUCCAUAUUUGGUUUCGUAAAGCACUUUAUAAAUGAGACUUGUGUGGAGGAGAGCCUGUUUGAGCCACCAGAGUGACAAGCUGGAGUCUCACAAUCCAGCUUUUCCUCAUCAGGUUGGGUGUACCAAGCCGUGCAGUCAGCUGGCUACAUUGUAGAUACUGAUAUAUGGUAUUAUGUAGCAAAAACAAAACUGAUAAAUAACUUUAAAUGUUUUAUAUUUUAGAUUCUCCAAAGAAGCCACCCUUUACUUUGUUGACAGUGCUGCAAACCCUUGGCCUUCUCUCAAUGAGCUUCAUGAUGUGACACCUGAAAUGGUUUUUACUUCACAGGUGUGCCUUGUCAGGGUUCAUUUGUGUCUCACCCUUCUUAAUGGGUUUGGGACCAUCAAUUGUGUUGUGUAGAAGUCAGGUUGGUAUACAGCUGACAGCCCUCUUUGACAACUGUUAGAAUUCAUAUUAUGGCAAGAACCAAUCAGCUAAGUAAAGAGAAACAGUCCGUCAUUACUUUAAGAACUGAAGGUCAGUCAGUCCGGAAAAUUGCUAAAAUUUUGAGUGUCCCCAAGAGCAGUCGCAAAAACCACCAAGCACUACGAUGAAACUGGCUCACAUGAGGACCGCCCCAGGAAAGGAAGACAAACGAGUCAUCUCUGCUGCUGAGGAUAAAUUCACCCGAGUCACCAGGCUCAGAAAUCACAAGUUAACAGCACCUCAGAUUACAGCCCAGAUAAAUCCCGCACAGACACCACAGUCACCUGACCUAAACCCAGUGGAGAUGGUUUGGGAUGAGAUGGGCCGCAGAGUAAAGGCAAAAGAACCAACAAGUGCUCAGCAUCUCUGGGAACUCCUUCAAGACUGUUGGAAAACCAUUUCAGGUGACUACCUCAUGAAGAUCAUCGAGAGAAUGGCAAGAGUGUGCAAAGCAGUAAUCAAAGCAAAGGGGGGCUAUUACGAAGAAUCUAAAAUAUAAAACAUUUUUUGAGUUAUUUCGCGCUUUUUUGUUUACUACAUAAUUCCAUGUGUUUAUUUAUAGUUUUGAUGCCUUAAGUGAGAAUCUACAGUGUCAACAGUAAUAAAAAUAAAGAAAACACAUUAAAUAAGAAGGUGUGUCAAACGUUUAACUGGUAGUGUAUUUGGGCUUCGCUUUUCCAAACUUCUAAUAUGAAGCAAUCCAGUCAGUGAGAUGAUGUGAGGAAGAAACAAAGGGUCACCAAAAAGUGUGGCAUCUCUUCCUCAGAGGCUCCACUUUCUUGGGUUUUUUUCACAUCCACCUGUUUUCCCUGCAGACGUGCUGAUGGUAUUCCCAGUUGUGCUUCAGUAAGAAAAAUAUUUACAUUUGUGCUUUGUUGUGCAUGUAGUGGGCUGUUAUGUUGUAAACUGUCUGGAUACUUUUGGGUACAGAAAUUAUUUUGUUGCAUAAAUUAACGCUGAUCGCAUCAGCUGAUUCUGCUGCUUGGUACACUUGGUCAGAGGAAGAAAAAUCAGUUCGUGUAGGUCAAGUAAACACCUGUCACCUGGCUCAAACAGGCUCUCCUCCACACAAACCUGAAUAUUAUGGCUAAUGGCUGGAUUUUCCAAUUUGAGUGCAGCUAGCCAAACAGCAAAGACUGCUGCUAAAGAGACAGACAGUGAAAGUGGACAGUAUAUCCUCAGUUUAACAUAAACUCAUUGUUGCAGCCAGGGGCAACACAAAUGACAACCACAUGACAUCACUGACAGAAGAUGGCUCUAAACAACUUUUAACUUUAAGCAUUUAUUUCUUAAAUCCUGCUUCACAGACAGAGUUACAUCUGUUAGUUUUUGAGAGCAGGGCUCAGUGGUGUAAAUUAUGCUUUAUAUGUGUAACGUUUCAUAUCCUUUUUAAAGUUGCAUUCUGCUUUUAUGACCACCAGAGGGCAAUACAUUUGGUUUAAAAAAAACCAACUUUUGGUUGUAUUCAGGAUUCUUGUGUGAUAUCAUGUGCACAUUGCUCAAGACUUGUCUGAUAUAUUGGAUGCCAUACAACCACAUCACCACAGAGGGGUGUGGUUGUUUUUCCUCUCACAUUUUAAAGUUUAUCUCAUCAUUUAGCUGGUUCAUCACCACAGGUGUAGUACUGUUUAAUGACCGCUGUGCACCCGAUGCGCACGUUUUCUGCUUCUAUCACUGUUUCAGCACGGAGGCCAACUGAACAUGAAGUCUUCAUCACUUCUUCCAUGCUGCUCGCAGCUCUGUCCUCCCUGAUGUGUCUUCUCUCACUCAGAAAUUUUUCUUAGUAAAGUUAAAGUCAGGGUUAUAAAUACAUCUGCAGCUUAGACAGAGGCAGGAUUGAUCCAGAGGAGAGCAGAACUGCUGACCUAAACCGUGAACAUGAUUAACAGUGAAAUCCGACCUGUCCACGUACCUGAGUUACAUAGUAACCAUGUUACGUCCAUAAAUGUUGGCUUUAUGGCCUGUGAUGCUGAGUAUUUAUUAAACUCAAGAUUCCAUGGCUGUAUGACUGCACUUGUGCUGAAACACUGCAGUUAUGCAUUGCUCUGCAUGACAAUUAGUUUGUAAUUAAAAUGUGUCUGCGUGACUUUUCUCAGCAGUGUGCACACAGAGAGAGCUUUUUUCUCUCCCAGGGCCAUACACACCGCACACAUCUCUGUGGUAAAACCUGAGCUUACACUGGAUUAUUCCGUGACGAUAUCAGUCCACUCGAUGGACACAUGCUUGUGACUGCUGCUUUUUCUUGAUUUUUUUUUUUUUUGUGCAGACCAAUUGAGCUACGAUCACUCAGAUCCACUUAAAGCCAUGACUAAAUUUCACCUAAUUAAACUAACAGUGAAUAUUUUAUUUUGCAUUUGGAAAAAAGUGAUGGAGUGAUCCUCUGGCAGCAUUACACCUGUGUUUAUCACUUCCCGAGUUUCAGGCAGGCCUAGACAGUGGCUUGCACGCUAAUGUCUUGUGACUGAAACGCCGUCUAUAGGAAACACCCCUCUGCUGUGGGGUGUAAUCAAAGAGCUGCUUGAUGACAUCACGCAUGCUCAUUCGUUCCAUCAUGUAAAUGUUGGUUUGAGGACGACAGGAGCUCAGAAGAAUAACAUCCUGAAACAAUUGGUCUGUAAAUACGAGGCGGUCCGUCCUGCUGUUCCCGUGUCCGUGUGUUGUUGCAUGUGAUGUUUCUAAAUCGGCGCGCUCUCAUCUGAAUGUCAAACCAUGAAGCAUCAUAUGAGUGUAUAAAGUGCUGCUAUAAAAAGAGCUGAAGAAGCUGUUUCAGGUGCAUGCUCUGUGGUUCCAAUUAAA